AUGUCCCCGAUAUCCCUCUUCCAGGACGCCCUAGGGCGUUCUCGAACCAGAGAGAUCACCGACUCAGACGAACAGAUAUCUGAUGAAAACCCUAUCACCGUGACCUGGGAUGGAGAACAUGACUCGGCAAAUCCGUACAACUGGUCCCUUGCACAGAAAUGGACAUUGACCCUGCUCGCCGUAUUUACCACAUAUAUCACAAUGAUGAAUGGCACGAUUAUCACAACAGCGCACGCUGCAAUUACUGAGGAAUUUCACGUCUCAGAGCACACCUUUCCCCACUCGUACUGGCCUGUGACAUCGUGGGCGCUGGGAGGAUGUUUUUCCUCACUGUUUAUUCUUCCCUUGAUGGAGGAUCAUGGCGUCCGACCGAUAUUCCUGUCAGCAUAUGUAGUAUUUAUGUGCUUUCUCGUCCCCCAGGCCGUGGCACAGAACUUCGCAACCCUCAUCGUCACCCGCUUCUUUGCUGGCAGCAGUGUCGCGGUGCUGGCUAAUACAUCUGCCUCGGUUAUUGGAAAUAUCUGGGAAACGGAAAAGUCCCGGUCCAUCCCCGUGAGUCUCUACAUCUUCUCCUACCUCGCAGGUAGCAGUACGGGCCCCGUUAUUGGCGCCGCGAUCUUUGAAGGGUUGACAUGGAGGUGGAUUGGCUACCUCCAGCUGAUUUGGUUUGGUGCGCUACUUCCGGUGUAUUACUUCCUGUUUCAAGAGUCGCGUGGUGCCGUUAUACUCGCUCGUCGUGCCCAAGCAUUGCGGAAACAAGGAAAGCCAGCGUUCACUUUGGUAGAGAUGGAGGGGCAGACGGGUUCGGUGCUCAGUCGCUUCGUUCAAAGUUCUACAAGACCCCUGGUGCUGGUAUGUACAGAGUCGGUGGUCCUGGUUUCCACACUAUGGUCCGCGUUUACUGUGGGCACACUGUUCCUGUUCACGCAGUCGGCGGAGCAGGUGUUUGUGGAGCUGUACGGCUGGACCAACACCCAGGCGGGAUAUGUCCAAGCGGCCAUUGUGAUCGGGGAGACCUUAGGCUGGCUAGCCAACCUAUUCUCUGCCAAGCUCUAUUUUGGUUCUGCCUCGCGCAACGCUGAAUGCCCUGGAGUCCCUAUUCCGGAGGCCAGAUUGUAUCUGGCGGUGAUUGGAGGCGUCCUUGGAAUUUCGGGUGGCAUGUUUACUUAUGCCUGGACCUCCUUCGCCCAUAUCCCCUGGAUAGCCCCGGCGAUUGGCCUGGCGAUGGUGGGUGCCGGCAGUGUGAUAGUCGUGGCAGGGGUUUCGGACUAUGUUGUCGACUCGUACAGCAAGUAUGCGGGCAGUGCGAUGGGUGCUGUCGCCACAGGGGAGAACCUGUUCUCGGCUUUGCUUCCCCUCGCGACUAUGAGUAUGUACACGAAUCUGGGAUUUCAAUGGGCCAGUACUACUUUAGCAUUCAUAUCCCUCGUACUCUCCCUGGCGCCAACUUUGAUGUUCAUCUGGGGGAAACAAAUCCGUGCGCGAAGUCCGUUUAUCAUAGAAGCAGCGCUGAGCUCUGAGCGCAAGGACGCCGUUGCUGUGUAG